GGAAUGCAUGGGGCAAAUCCCAGUGCGCCGCCGCAUCUGUGUGUGUGUGUGUGCGUGUGUUUGUGUGUGUGUACCUGUCAUCCAGGGCCCCGCAUCGCCAGAACCUGCGUGAGAGAAUUAACAAUCUGCAGCGCGGUCACGAUCGCCCCUGCACGCACCCACAUCUCGCCGCGUCCGCCGUUGUGCCCGCGCGCCUCUGGGUGCGCGCAGGACCCGUCCCUACAGCCGCGGAGCAGCAGCGCAUCCAUCCUGCCGUGGAGCCGGGAGCGUGGAGCCGCGAGGAGCGCACAGAGAGAGAGAGAGAGCGCGACAGAAGAUGGACGGAGUGGGAUCGUUCGGAGCGGGCCGGACCGGGUCCACCAUCGACCCGAUUACCUUCGCCAAACAGCCGCAGACCAUCCUCAGAGUGCUGUCCUGGAUAUUCUCCCUGGUGGUCUUUGCCUCCAUCGUGAACGAGGGUUAUGUCAACUUGGGCAGCGAGCGUCUCCACUGUGUCUUCAAUAAGAAUGCGGAUGCCUGUAACUACGGCGUGUUCGUGGGCCUGGUGGGCCUGCUGGCGUGCUCCUUCUUCUUCCUGCUCGACUAUAAGUUCUCCUCCAUCAGCUCUGUCAAAGACAGGAAGAAGGCUGUAAUGCUUGAGAUAGGCUUCUCAGGUUUCUGGACCUUCCUGUACUUUGUAAGUUUCUGUUUCCUGGCCAAUCAGUGGUCUCGGACCACAGCUGAUGAGCUGCCACUCAACCAGGGGGCAGAUGCAGCUCGGGCAGCAAUUGCCUUCUCUUUCUUCUCCAUAAUCACUUGGGCUGGUCUAACAGUGCGUGCCGUCCAGAAGUAUCUGCUUGGUACGGACAUGACCUUGUUCACCACGGAGCACAUGGAUGGCGGCGCACCCACCCAGCCAUAUCCCUCCAAUUCACCAGGAGGCGGAAACACUGAGACCACAGAGACCUACCAGAGCCCACCAUUCACUGAGAACAACGCAGCACCCACAUACCAGGUUCCCAUUUACUAGAUAGGAUCAACCUGAUGGUGGAAGAGGAAGACCGGGAGAGGGAUGAGAGGAAAGUUAAAGAAAAUUGCUUUCUGUGAUGUUACACAUGCAGUUGUUUCUGUGUUGAUCUGAGCUGAGUUUUCAAUAACUGUUAAAAAAAAAAAUGGUGGCCUCUCCUUCUUUGUAUUCUCUUCUCGUUCCCUCCUUAACAUUCCAGCUUUAGACCUGUGUGUUGAACCCAGUUUCCUACGCUGGCAAACCCAUUGUCCUCAGAUCAGAGCAGAUGAGAGACAAGGAAAACAAGAAGAGUAGAUAUAGAAGAGGAGGCUACUUUGCAGUAUUCAAACACAAUUUGGACAAACAAAAAAAGGAUGAAGGAAUUAACAAGUGAGAGACUCCACCACGAGUCACUCACUUGCUAAUUCCUUCGUCUCUUUUUUAGAUGACUAAAUAUAGCGCAGAGGGCACUCACACGCGGCACCUUCAUCUUACUCUUUUCAUUCACUGAAGUGUUAAAAUCCCCCUUCAUGCCAAACAGUUACGGGGAAUGUUUCUUUAGCUACAGUACGGUCUGGUUGUUCCUCCCUCUUUUCCUGCUGCAGUUAAAAGUGAUCAUGUGUACUGAAUCUGCAUGUUUUCAAACUUAGACAUCAACUAAGUGCCAUACUGUACUGUGUGUCUCAGACAGUGACUUAAUUUAGUAGAUUUCCACAUGCUGUAAAAAAAAAAAACAAAAAAAAAACAAUGACGACAAUGUUUUGUGACUAAGUGCAAUAUCUCACAUUCUUAUGUAGGUAGGUAUAUACUGUACUAUAGGUAGGCUAGUUGCCAUCAGAUUAGACCGAUUUUAGGAACUGUCUCAAAUUACUUGCUGGUUUUUUGAAUUUUACUCACAAAUCUCAGGCAAAUGUGACACAUAAAAAUUGUUGAUCUAAACUGUUAAGCUUCCCUGGUGAAGUUUGCAAGAUAGACGUUAUAUUGGACAGAUCCUGAGAGAAAUGCUCAUCUGCAAAGCUUGUUGCUAAUUUAUAGUAUAUAAUUAGUAUUGUUGACAAAGCUAUUAUGGCAUCUUUUCAAGUAUUUUUGGUCUUCCUUGAUGUUGUGUUGUUCAUUAUUUUAACAUAGUUUUAAAGGUCAGUGUCACAGUACCUUGUCACAAUAGCUUAACGUGUUAUUCUGGUUCUUUCACUUUCAAGGGUCAGUUUUCGCAGUUUGAUCACUCUUAAGAUUCAUUGGGGAAACUCUGAUCCACAGCGAAUCGCUUUUCAGUCUGUUAUAUUUCUGUCUCAGGCAUGGAUGGAUUACUUAAUGGGCUUACCAGGCACAGGCCCAGGGACCCAGGGGCUCACGGGGACAGGUGGACCCUGUGCUGGAGCCUCUGUUUGAAGUGACCUAACAUUACUUGUUGGAAAAAUCAAUCAUGACUACUACUAGGACAACUACAAAAUCAGGAGACAAAAAUAAAUGAAAGAUGUAAAAUUCCUACAAGGAGAAGCAAAAUGACAAAGACUAAGAGACUCACAACAACUACAAAGAGACACCACAACGACAGAGACAUGAAACCAUCAAAAACAGACUCAAAACAGCCACAAACAGAGGCGAAACAACCACGACCAGAAUGGGAGUGGUGGGGGGGCCUUUUACUCGUCUGCGCCCAGGGGCUCACUGUCCCAUAAUCCAUCCAUGGUGCCAGGGAAUGUAUGUAGUGUGUUAUUUGAGACAGUGUCCUAUGUUGAGUGUCGUAUGUAUAAAAUGGGGCGACUGGGGAGAUUCCGGGUAAGUCAGGUCUGUUUACGUUUACGUUUUAGAAGCUGCCAAACUGCCCUAUGUUCUUAUUGCCGUCUUUUGAUUACUACGUUACUACUGUGUUGUUAAUGUCUGUGGGAUUUUAUGUAAUCACAAAGCCAAGGGGGGAGGGGGCAAUAGAUGAGCUUUUAUUCAGUGAGAGAGGUCAGGUUGCUGGAUGAUUCACUACAGUCUCAGGCAAAAGAAAAAAAAAUCUGUGGGAUGUUAAAGAUUGCUUGCUGGCCAAUUCAUUGAUCCUGCAACCCUGCCAUUGAGGGAGAUGGGUUGGAAUUUGUCACCAUGGUGACAGGGACAGGGUUGGGUGGAUGUGGGUCUCUAAUGAUGUAGAUAGUAAUCAUGCCAACUAUGUCAGUGUGUAGCAGUGUCUCUGUGUCGUGGUUCACGUACACUCGCCAUCAGUGAAUCUGUAGUUUUGGUGUGUGAGUGUAUGUAUGUGUGUGCGUGAGUGCGUCCAUGUGCAACAGGUGUACAUGUGCACGUGCAUUAGCAUGCAUGAGAUCUGUGUGCUUGUGCGAAAAUGCGUGAAUGUGUGCAGUUGAUUCAAUUUUGUGGUGCAUAACAGUUAUUUUCUUGAACGUGUGUUUGUCAAGAGUUUUAGUGCAGAGGAGGAAAUCAUAAGUCUGUUACACCAUUUAAUAAUUUCCCCAAAAUAUAAAUAGUCUUUCUGCUAAAUAUAUUAUAUCAGUGUCAUUGUCAAGAUAUCUCAAGUUAUGAAAUGAAUUUUUUUUUCUAUUUUUUUGUUUUGUUUGUAAAUUUUUUGAUGAACAGAGCCAAAUAUAAAACCUCAUGUUAAGAGUGAUAUAAUUGACCUGUAGAAUGCCUUGCCUGCUCUUCUAUCAGAGCCCAUGUAAACAGCGCCCUCUGCUGACAAGAGAAGGCUCUGCCGCAGUGGGACAACUGAGGCUCUCCUGAGUUUUAGAAGUUAUCAUGAUAAUAAUGCAUGAAAUUGUUGUAUAGGACUCAUCAUGUAUUGAAUACUGUGUAAUUCUUAAGUUGACUCCAAGGUGUUCUGCAAAGUGAGAUUGACCAGCCAUCAGUGCAGCUGUCAGGAUUAAAUUAAUCACAGUCUGUGAUUGUCAGAACCGUGACAGUGCACCCAAACAACUUUGUUUCAUCAGUGAUGUUAUUUCAACCUCACAAUCUCAUAGGCCACAUGUACACAUGCAUGAGUUUGUACAUAUUUCAAAGCUCCAGGGGGAAAAAUUGCCCCCUGAAUGCUGACUCCAGGAUCCUAAACUUUAACCUGUAGUACUGAAUCAAAAUCAGACACCAGAAUCCAGGACCUUGAGCUACACCAUGCUAACAGACAGGAAAAAAAAAACUAACCAAAACACAGGCUCUGUGUUCCAGCCCUAAACAGUAUAAAAUCUCAGUAUGAAGGGUUACUCACACAAAA